AUUAUCCUUACAACAUGACCUUAUCAUGUAAAGGCCAGGGACAGCGCAAUUUAAAUUUAGUGCGUAUCAACAAACGUGACCUUAGUAUAAUAUUACAAGCGGAGAUAAAAUGGCAGACAUUACGUUACUAGCUAUCCCACAGUAAACCACAACACAGUAAUUAAAAAACCAAACCAAAUAGUGCAAAAAUAACAACAAACAAAAAUUGCGUCUUAAAAUCUAAAGUAGAAUAAAAUCUGUUACAACUAAACUAAGUAAUAUUAAAAUGCGGAUGUUAUGUGAAUAAAACCAACAAUAAUCAUUAAAAAAAUCAAAGUCAAUAAACUUUCCGAUAAAAUUGUCACACAUACGUCACAUUAGCGGAGUAUUAUCUCGGGAUAAUGUUCACUUGUGGACGUGAUUUUGCGCGCGCGGUGUGUGUUAUAGUGUCUGUGUUGGGAAGCAUGUGUUAGUGAUGGCACACGGGAACAUUGUGUUGUUUGCUGUGCUCGUGCAAUCGGCUUUGAGCAUCAGGAUCAACUUUACAAGCUGCCAAGACCCUGAGUGGGCCUGUCUCAAUAACUUGCCCAAUGAAUUGGUUUACAGCUGCGGCGCAAGCAACGAUGACUACAUAAUUCACCUGAAGGACUACUACACCGAUCACAUCACAAGUGUCACCGUCCAAAACUGCAGAGACUUACGAGUAGUCCUGGACUGUCCGCUACUACAGAGAACUUCUCAACUACAACGGUUCAAAGUCAAAGACUGCGAGAGACUAGAGUUCGUAUCUUUAUCAACUACUUCUUUGCUCCAAACCCCUCCUGAAGUCACCAUAGACAAUGUCAGGGAAGUGAUAUCAUUACCAAGAAAGAUUUUCAAGUCUCCAAGCACCACAACUGAACAAAAAUGUCUCGGGGCAUCAACAUUGAAAAAAAUACGAGUGACUAACAGCAAAAUAAACUCGAUAAACACUAGGGCGAUUCAUAAUGUGACUGGUAUAAAAAGUAUUGAAUUUGAUAACGUUACAAUAACAGAUGUACGCAGUCAGGCCAUAGAGGCUAUUAUGGGCCCAGACUCGAUGUUCACUAUCACUAAUAGUAGGAUCGGAAACAUAGAAUUUAAAGGAAUUACUGUACAGAGCACGUCUGCUUCUCUAACAGAGAGUACAUUCAAUGACAUAAUCGGUGGAGCGGUCAACAUAACUGCGGAUAGCCUACGUAUCACUGGCAACAGUUUCAAAGAAAUACGUGCAAAUGGACUGGUACUUAAGUCUGUCAAUACAGACAUCCUUCAGAAUGACAUCACAAGACUGAAAACUAGCGCUCUGAACAGCAUCAAGUGUCUAAGAAAAAGGAGCAGUAACAAACAAUUUAACUUUGCACAAAACAGAAUCGCAAACAUCGAACCACACUCCACAACAUUUGACUUUGGUAGCUGCAAAACUGCUGGAACGGCAGUCACAUUUACAAGCAACAAAAUGGACUGUCAAUGUAGAAAUAUAGCAUUUCUAAACACUAUCAGUGAAUUAAACAACAUGAUAUUAGACAGUACAAAUAACAACACAUGUCUGUUCGCCCCGUGCACGCUGCCCGUGGAUGUUGUGAAAAUUUUACAGGAGAAUGAAAUGUGUAACUUGAUUCUCGACCCGCGAGUGAUGUGUUUGAUGUACAGUGACAAACAUAACAAUAAUGAGGUGACGACCGACGAGGACGUCACUGAGCCAGCCCCGACGUUCUACUUGAUACGUCAGGCCAACUCGCCGAACGGUGACGCGAGCGCCGCCAUGACAGCAGUCAAUAAAGACGAUCUCCUCAAGGACACGCACUUAAACAUGACUAAUAGGACAGCUAUCAAAGUUGUCUUCGAUUCUUCUAAAGACUUUGUGGAAACGCUGCGGAGUACGAGCUCGUCUCGGAAAAGACCUGUGGAGGAAACAAAGUCGCCUCCAGAAGAAUACGUGAACCGCUGCGUCGGCGCACAGUGCAGAAAUAAUGUGGCGUACGAUAGACAAAAAGCUUUGGACUUUUACAAAUAUGUGUACGCACAGUUACGGCCACCGAGGCAAAAUGAUAUUAAGAAAAAGAAGACUUAAUUGUUGACUUGUUACAAGUACUUAUAUUAAUAAUAAAUAUUGUAUCGACA